AUGGUAUACGAUUAUGAUGAUGAUGCUGAUAAUUAUGAAAUUAUUCUUAAUGAGAACAUCACAUUACGUGAUAUCAUCUGCGUGUUGCUGUUAGUAACGUAUUGCCAUGGUUACCGGUUUUUCCAGGACAAAAUACCGAAUGGUGCUAUUGUUCCCCAUCCUUGUAGAGAAGGUGAUGUCUGGAACGGUGUUGGACAUGAGAAUGAACAGGGUGGAGGUGUGAGAAAUGUAUUUGGUCUAGAUUUUCAUGCAAACGGGAAGAAAUGGGAUAGAACUCUGUGUUUGAAGGAUAGCGAUGGAGAUGGACUGUCGAACGGACAGGAGCUAGGGGACCCUGAUUGUGUUUGGGAGGUUGGGAAGGAACCUGCCAGAAAAACGGAACUUUCCCACCCAGGCAUCUGUAACCCAUGGAAUAGUCCAGAAUGUAAAGAAAAGACAACAUUUGUCACAUGUGGCUCAAACAGAUUACAAUGUCCAGCUAUCCAUGAGGAAGGUACCACAAAUGUGACAUUCCGACUUCCGGCGGAAACACCGGUAGACUCGCGGGAAACCAUUUACAAGUGCAUGGUAUUUGAUUACCCGCAAGAUGGCGAUUAUCACAUGAUUGCUAACGAACCAGUUCUUGACAAUCUUAAUAUAAUGCACCAUAUUCUACUGAUUGGAUGUGAUGGAACAGAUACUGAACAUCCGCCCGGGGUUCCUUAUGAUUGUGCAAUGGAAGUGGACAAAAACUGUGUACAAAUCAUAGGAAUAUGGAGCUUUGGUAUGCUCGGAGAGUGUGCACACAAGGAUAUGGGGUUCCGUAUAGGAAGAAACGGUUAUAAACGCGGAGUAAUUCAGCUUCACUGGAAUAACCCGGAACGACGCUCCGACUACACGGACAGUUCCGGUAUGAUUGUACAUCUAACGAAGAAAUUACGACCGCACGACGCUGGAAUAUUUGUCGUAGGGCAAGAUCAUAUCGUAAUACCACCAGGGGAGGAACUCGUAAAAUUUAAUGGGGUCUGCUCAUCUGAAUGUACAAAUUCACUUAUCAAGAAUGAGGUCAAAGUUCCGGUGGCUUUCAACCAUAUGCAUGGUCUAGGUGUAUCUCAAAAGGUAGAACUUAUACGUGAAGGUAGGAAAAUACAAGAUAUUACAUAUGAUCCUAAAUAUGACUACAACACUCCUGAAUUACAUAUAUACGAAACACCAUUAAUCCUGAAGCCUGGCGAUGAGCUAAAGACGGAAUGUAACUUUAACUCUAUGUCGAGAACAACAACAACAUUUUGGGGCGAUGGUACUUACGACGAAAUGUGCUACGGGUUUAUAACCUAUUACCCUAAAGAAAAUAUUCCUGAUCCAUCAUGCACGGCAUGGAAAGAUGUCACACUUUGUGCGUUCAAUAUCAGCGACGUUAUACAUGGCUGUCAUUUUAAUGACCUACACGAUAUAAGCAAGCCAAGCAUGAAAGCAACGUAUGACCUCGUGAUGGAAAAUUGUUCACCGCAUAUCGGAUGCAGGAAAGAAUGUCUGCCUGUGGCUAGAAGACUUAAACAGUCUUCCUGCUAUAGAAAAGGCACAGUUGACGACUGGGCUCGAUUAAAUAUUGAAAAGGAAUCACCAGAUGUGCUCGCUAUUAUGAAAUUUUAUGCUGCACUCGAUUCUUGUGAUAAAGAACUUAUUCUUGAAGAAAAUGCGCCGGAGGAAUGUCCUACAGUGAUAAAGAUUGAAUCUGAAAAUGUCAACGGGUCAAAGCGAUUACUUCCAAACAUUGCACUAUUUAUUUUAGCUGUGUGUGUCUUACAAUGGUUAAAACGUUUAUAA